CAGAGCUGGGAUUCAAACUUAAGCAGUUGCAGAAGCAACAGCUACUAAAGAAGCUGGCAAGAUGCUGGUCGCCCUGGGACUGCUCACCUCCUUCCUAUCGUUCCUCUAUGUGAUCGCUCCAUCAGUCAGGAAGUUCUUUGCUGGCGGAGUGUGUAGAAGUGAGGUGCAGCUUCCCGGGAAGGUGGUGGUGAUCACUGGCGCCAACACAGGCAUCGGCAAGGAGACAGCCAGAGAGCUUGCUCGCAGAGGAGCCCGGGUAUACAUCGCCUGCCGCGAUGUGCUGAAGGGGGAGUCCGCUGCCAGUGAAAUCCGAGCAGAUACAAAGAACUCCCAGGUGCUGGUGCGGAAACUGGACCUCUCUGACACCAAGUCCAUCCGGGCCUUUGCUGAGAGCUUUCUGGCAGAAGAGAAACAGCUCCAUAUUCUGAUCAACAAUGCAGGAGUGAUGAUGUGUCCAUAUUCUAAGACAGCUGAUGGCUUCGAAACCCAUCUGGGUGUCAACCACCUGGGCCACUUCCUUCUUACCCACCUGCUCCUGGAGCUGUUGAAGGAGUCUGCCCCUGCCCGGGUGGUGAAUGUGUCCUCAGUGGUCCACCACAUUGGCAAGAUUCGCUUCCAUGACCUGCAGGGUGAGAAGCACUACAGCAGAGGCUUUGCCUAUUGCCACAGCAAGCUGGCCAAUGUACUCUUCACUCGUGAGCUGGCCAAGAGGCUCCGAGGCACAGGGAUUACCACCUAUGUGGUGCACCCUGGCAUUGUCCGCUCUGAGUUGGUGCGACAUUCCUCCUUGCUGUGCCUGCUCUGGCGGCUUUUCUCCCUCUUUGUCAAGACGGCGCGGGAGGGGGCGCAGACCAGCCUGCACUGUGCCCUGGCUGAGGGCCUGGAGCCUCUGAGCGGCAAGUACUUCAGUGACUGCAAGAGGGCUUGGGUGUCUCCAAGGGCCCGAAAUAACAAAAUGGCUGAGCGCCUGUGGACCGUUAGCUGUGAGCUUCUAGGAAUCCAGUGGGAGUAGCAGCGGAAGAGCCACGGCUUUAGCAGGCCCAAUCCAUGCCAUAAGGAAAGGGGACCGAGGAGAAGGCUGACCUUAAAGCACUGUCUUCCUGGCUGGCUGCUGUUGCCAGUCCUGCCAGCUCUGUUCCUCCCGACCCAUCUGGGGACACUUGCAUACCCCAUCCUCUUGUGAGGCUGGCUCACGACAUGAGAUGCUCACACCUACAGAGCAUUCUUCUCUGAGACCUGGAGAGUCGGCAACUCUCUGGAGGCAGAAGGACUGAGCAGAUCCAGGCUGGGCAUGGGGAUGGCACAAGAGCCUGAGAAAUUGGGUCAGUUUCCUCACCAGCACCAGAAACUCCAGCCUGUGUGCUCGCUGAGGUGACAGGUGCGACUGCAUUGCGUAGUUUCAGGGUUGUACGCUCAAACGUUUGACCUCUUUCCUUUGUAAAAUACUUGUUACCACCCUGGAGUCUGGACCAACUUGGGAAGAUCCUGGCUAACCCUGGCCAAAUUAGAUUCCUUCCUCUGAGCAGCCUGGAACCACUGCUUGAAGCUGGGCCAUCCCAUUCUCAGUCAUGCAGGUGGUUUUCUUUUUGUAAAAAGUUCCUCUUACUUCAGUUUUUGGAAAAAAUAAAGACUAUGCAUUCAU